CGCACAUCUGCGACGUAAUGUGAAACGUCAUCACGCUGCGCUUCCUGCUUUGGACAUGUUGCGGGAAAACUCAACUUGUUUUCAUGUUUGUUGACGGGGGUUUUUCACGUGAAAUAAGGAUUUGACUAAUCCAGGUGUCCCUGCCCUUUGCAGAUCCUCUUUAUCAGAGUUGAUGGAGUCAGAGAGGAGUGACUCCCCUCCGUCGGGCUCGGCGCCUGUAGCUGAAGUCUUCAACUCCAUCCGGGAGCGCUCCAUCGCAGAGAACAGCAUGGUGGUCCUGCUGCAGGGCCUGCAGGGCGAGGUGACCACGGUGGAGCUGAGGAACGAGAGUUCGGCACGGGGCCGAGUGGUAAACGUGGACGCCUUUAUGAACGUACGUCUAGACGAUGUGACGUAUAAAGACAGGCAGGGUAAAUCCACCCAGCUGCAGGACAUGUUUAUCACAGGCAGAAAUGUCCGCUACGUCCACAUCCCGGACCACGUGGACAUAAUGAAGACCAUCGAGAGCCAUCUGGCCAAGAUUCACCGCGUGCGCAACUUUGGCAGUCAGGGAAGAGGCAGAAAAGAGUACGCCAAGAAAGCAAAAUAACUCAUUUUCUUUUUCAAAGAGGGACCUAAACUUUUGAGUUGUGCAAGACUAUUUCAAAAACACUGGGAGACAACAACCAUUUUAGGACAAGCAUCACAAUCCUGCAGUUUUCCAUCUGAAGGCUUAUAAAGUGAUUGCAGCGACAAGAGCAAGGAAAAGAAUCUGUUUCAGUUUUGGAUUCUUUCACUUUUUCUUUCUAAAAUCUUGACUGGGGAUAAAAACCUCUCUCUACUCACACUUAAUGAGCACACUCAAGGUCUCCCACCUGUAAUGAUGAUUUGUUACAAGCUGAAAAAUCAGUCAAUAAGUCAUGAAUGAUACUGGCUCUGUUUUUCUAAGACUGCAACCAACAAUUAGGUUCAUUAUUUAAUAUCUAGGGUAUUUUUUUAGAUAAUUGAUUUGUGUUUCUUUCCACAAAAUGUCAAAAGCUGUGAUAACGUUAUAAUUAUCUUGAGCUCAGUGACGUCUACUAAUAUCCUGUUAUAUCCAAACAACACACAAAUAUAUUGAGAUUGGACUGAUACGAAAGCUUUGACAAGAAAAUGCUUUGGGUAUUUUUGCUCUAAAACAUGACUGAAACGUGUAUAUUUGUGGAUAAAUUUUCUUUCAAUUGAUUAAUCAAUGGAAUAAGAUGAUGAAUGUGCCUCUUAACACAACAUGUACUUUUUUAUGAACUACUGGAUUGGCUAAUAAGUUGAAUAUUAUCACUGUGUUUUGGGACUUGGGGUUGUAACUGUCUUAUUUACAGUAUUUUUAAAAAUAACUUUUUCGUUGUACAGACGGGAAUAAUGAUUUAAGAUGCUUGUGAUUAACACAUUCGCCCAUGACCAUGUUUUUUCUGUUUCAGCACAUAAAUAGUUUAUUUAAAUUAAA